AUGGAGCCCUGUCGGUCCCUGGCCCUGCUUGCUGGCUCCCUGGGCCUGACAUCCUCCCUAGUUGCUCUGAGCACCAAUUUCUGGUUCGCGGCCAGAGGGCCCACAUCCUCAGCUCACUCGGGCCUCUGGCCAACGGGGAAUCUGGACACAGUAGCAGGCUACAUCCAUGUGACACAGAGCUUCUGCAUUCUGGCAGCCCUGUGGGGCCUGUUGUCUGUGGGCUUCCUUGUCCUGUCCUGCAUCCCCUCACUGUCUGCCCCAGGCCGUGGCCCCCUUGUCUCAACCAUCACAGCCUUUGCUGCAGCCCUCACCAUGAUGGUGGCCAUGGCGGUGUACACUGGCGAGCGUUGGAGCCAGCCUCCACACCCCCAGAUCCAGACCUUCUUCUCCUGGUCCUUCUACCUGGGCUGGGUCUCAGCUCUCCUCUUUUUCAGUGCAGGUGCCCUAAGUCUGAGCGCUCACUGUGGUGCUCAUCAGUCUGGCUACGAAACCUUGUGA